CACACACACACACACACACAAUGCAACACAUUACAUCUUAUUUCACAUCAUUGCUGACAAUUCCUGACUUUUCUGUAGCACUGCUUCUGUUGGCACUGCUCAUCUUACAAUUCAAACUUAAUUAGUCGGAAACCCUGUGAUACACAUGUUAACACAGAGGACUUAAUGUCAUUGCUUCAACCUUUCUGUACCCUACAGUCAUCUCAGUAGGAGCAAUGUGACACCUUCAAGGCCCGGGCGGCCUAUGACAGGGCGAGAACAUACUCUGUAUUUUUAUGUGUGUGUGUUGGAGAGUGGGUGUCAGUGACAGAGAAGAGCGAAGACGCUACAGUUACCGCGGAGAUAGUUCGAACAGGGGAGGUAUCCUGAAGCUACAACUCUUGGACGUCUCUCAAGGUGACACAGCGGCGGCCAUCGCUGAGUGGAGUACGCUGGCAGCCAUAUGUGCAGCAGCAAUCGAGAGGUGGCCAGUUGAUAAUCACUGCACAACAAGAGGAAAACAGGAAAAACACGCAUGGGAAACCUGCUAUACAAGGUCAGAGACGACUGAAACUCCCCUUACUGCAGCUGCAAGAAAAACCUGCCAGGUAACAGUGAUGCUGUUUGGUUGCAUUGUUCAAGUCUUCAGUCCUAAGUGUGAAAACUGGAAAACUGAGAGCUGCAGUUAGACUACUGUGCACUGAAGCUACUAGCAGAUACAAUAUACUCUACUGAGUCAGGAGAAGUGCCAACGGGAUGGAUUUCACAGUGUGCACAUAUUUGCAGCCAUCUGAGGAAUGCUAGGGUCCAGCUGUCACUUCAUUCAUGUUAUGGAGUACACUCUACGCGUGGAUGAACACUAGCAGCUAACACCAGUGGACAGCAGUUAUUUUCAACUACAUAGCCAGCGUCUUUAGAUCUUAGGAUCUGGAUUCAUCUUCCAUAACACUAGUGGACUUAAGAUAUUUUGAACAACACAGCAAGCGUCUUUAGAUCCCUGGAUUUGGAUUCAUCUUCCAUCGAUGUGCCAAUGGACCCAAUCUAAAACUUAAAAUAUAAUUCAGUCUGCACUGAUUGAUUGAACUGUUACCAUAUGCAACCGAGGUAAUCCACAACAUCAACUAGCGUGUUACGUGCAUUCUAGACGGGAUUACCUCUUUAUCACAUGAAACUGUGCAUGCUACUUAGUCUGAGGUGGAUAAUCUACACAAACACACUGCUGCAUUCAGAGUCAGCAGCAGUCCAUUUUCAUACAGAAAUACUGAGUUGACAUCUGGUCAGAGGUUCCGUUCUGGGUCCAGAUGUUCCUCAACACGGUGCUGGUGGUCCUGACGGACCUGGCGGCCCGGUUCCUGGGUAGCACUGUGUUCCGGCAGCACUUCCACCUGUUGCUGUCAGCAGUGCUGAUGUUCGGGCCUGCACUGAGCUUCUGGGUCUCCCAGCACAGCGUCUUUGCCAGAAGAAGCCACUUCCUCUACAGGAUGUUCUUGCGCUCCGGUUGGGGCUGGACCUGCGUCUUUGUCGGCUCCUUCGUCUUCCUCCUCUCUUUCUCCAUCCGCCGCUCCCUCUCUCUCUCCAUGCGUCACCUCUCUCGGCUCGGGGUGGCUGGGGGAUUGUGGCUCGGUUUCUGUAAACUCCUGGACCUUCUGGAGAACGCCACGGGAAGCUGCUACGAGCCUUUAGCCGCCAACCCAGAGGUCGCCAACGGGCCUCUGUUGGUGCUGCGAGAAGGGGAGAGUAAGUCUGUGUGCCUCAAAGCUGGGAUGCUGUGGAGGGGCUAUGAAGUUUCAGAAGAUGUCUUCCUCCUGUGUCUGUGCUGCCUGCUGUUGGCUGAGGAGACAGCAGUGUUUGGACCUUAUCUGAACCUAGGUGGGAUCUCAGAUGCCCCCCUGAGGAUCAUCUUUCUGUUCUGUGUUCUCCUGCUUGGGCUCUGGAUCUUUCUGCUGCUCUGUCUCUUGGCUUACUUCCCUCAGUUCCCCACACAGCUGCUAGGGGGCGCUCUGGGGUGUCUGAGCUGGAGGGUACUGUACCAGGGCUGGUACCGCCUGGGACCCAGCUGGUGCUGCCCCGGGAGGCCUGGACUGGGACUGCUCAACACCAAGACCAGCAGUGCUGAGGCAGAGAACCCAAAACUGAGCCACGAUCACCGCAAUUAACUGAAAGAACAGAUGUUAACAAAGACAGAUGUUUUAGAUCAUUAGCAGGAGGUUGUGUGAAGAUGACUGAGGAUUCAGUUACAAACACAAAACCUGUUCAGGAAAUCCUGUAGAAACAGACAAACUGUGCUUUCAAAAUGUGUCAUCAAACACGCAGUUUUCUAAUGCAUGCUGGGGUUUUCUGUGCCAUCGUAUCAGGGAGUCACAGUGGGUGACAGCAGAGCCAGCGGUUUCCAAUUAGGCUGCAAAUGUUUGAGACUUUACUGAACCCACAGCUGCAGAUUGGUUUACAAUGCAGAAAAACUGAAAAGAUUUGAUGGGUAUGUGCCAACCACUAAAUCAGAUAUUAUAGGACUACAUACAGCGGUGCUCAGCCAUGCUACCAGCUGUGUGAGGCUGUACUUUCAUAAACCAGUGCUUUGAGAUAAAUGUAAACAUCAGCAUUGCUAACAUGCACCCAUUAUAAUGCUAGCAUGCUGAUGUUCUGCAGAUAUAUUCAGCAUCUUAGCAUGCUAUGACAUGUUAGCAGUUAACACAAAGUACAGCUGAGGAUGAUGGGAAUGUCAUUAGUUUUACGUGUCAAACUUUCAGUUUGUCCAAUACCUGGGUUCAUAAUUAAAUAUAAUAUAUAAUUCCCAUCAGCCUGAGAUGUACUUCAGUUUUCAAUUAGCAUAUGUUAGCAUGCUAAUUAGCAUCCUAAAAUAAAAAAUGGUUAGCAUGGUUAACACACCAGAAUUAAUCAACCACUCAGACUAUUUGUAUGCUGAGGAAACAUUGGAGGCAGAAUUAGAAAAAGAUGAAAACCAAGGAUAAAAAAAUAUACCAAAUAAAACAGAUAGACGCACAAAUACCCAAACAAAGUAAGAAAACUGAUUACCAUGUACAUUCACCUCAAAGUACUGCUCCUCCUGAGCACAACUUCACAAAACCAAAAUCCACCUGAAUAAAGAGAAGACAAUGGAGCAUUUUCCUCCUAAAUUUGUUUUAUUGAUAAAUCGCCUGCAGAAAGAAAAUAUAUACAAAAACAUCAGACGUCAGAGGGUAAAUGUGGCCUAGACAUCUGAUACAGCAGAUCAGCUGUCAACCUCACAAAAUGAAUACAUGCAGUUUCACAGCGCUCAAAAGGUAUGGAGAGGUUGUACCAUUCAUCUAUUAUAUAGAAAGACACAGAGCUUCUUGUCUGGAAAACAGUGAUAAAUUACAUUUGUGGUUGAUUACUGUUGGGUCAACUCCCUAUGUUCACUUCUACCCACAUAAUGUCCAUUAAAUCUAUCAGAAAAACUGAGGAAAGUUUCUUCAUUAAAAAUGAACAAGACUGUUAUCCUGUAUAUACAAAGUCAUUCUAGUUCAUCCUAGACUGAGAGGACGUACAUGGCCAAUGAUAAUUAAGGCAUAUUUUAAAGUUUUGUCUUGAGAAGACAAUCUGUUCUUCCAGGGACAUACUCAAUGAACAAAGUUAGCUUUUGCUGGUGUCACCAUUUCAACAUGGAUCAACAAAAGUAAGACAGUGGAGUUUGUUCCUCAGUGACAUCAUUAAAUAUUGAAAUACUGACACGCGUUCAGUUUGCUACAGCUACUGUGUGCCAGUCAACAGCAGAGAAGGCUGCUUCAGCAUUUCAUCCCUACACUGUAUCGAGGAGCUCAUGGUAGCAACUUCACUGAUUAUCAAACAACUUUUUGAAUAUUACCAACAUGGUAAACAUUAAAAUCGAGUGAAUAUUUGUGUGUACUUGGAGAGGAACAAGUACAUGUGGAUGUACUCUCAGCCUUCAGUCAGUUACAGUACAGACAGUGGACUGAAGAUGUCUCUGUGACGGGGUCAAUGUGAUAUCAGACCAUGGCAGAUUUAAGGGAAGUACAAAAUCAUAAAAAAAUGAAAUAUUUAAGGUUGGGGGGGGGGGG